AUGGCUAACCUUUUCGCCACCCUCGAGACCCCUUCGGGCAAAUACGAGCAGCCCUUGGGCCUGUUCAUCAACAAUGAGUUCGUCGAGGCAAAGAGUGGCCGCACUUUCGAGACCAUCAACCCCACCAACGAGAAGUCAAUUAUCGCUGUCCAGGAGGCGGACGAGAACGAUGUCGAAGAUGCCGUCAAGGUGACUCCCUCGGCACGUGGCCGCCUGCUCACCAAGCUGGCCGACCUCUUCGAGCGUGAUAUCGACACCCUGGCUGCUAUCGAGUCCCUUGACAACGGCAAGGCCUUCAGCAUGGCCAAGGGUGACGUUGCCAACGCCGCCAACUGCCUUCGCUACUACGGUGGCUGGGCCGAUAAGAUUCACGGCCAGACCAUUGAUACCAACCCUGAGUCUCUCACCUACACCCGCCACGAGCCCAUUGGCGUCUGUGGUCAGAUCAUCCCCUGGAACUUCCCUCUUCUGAUGUGGUCCUGGAAGAUUGGACCUGCCGUUGCUGCCGGUAACGUCGUCGUCCUCAAGACGGCUGAGCAGACUCCCCUGUCCGGUCUCUAUGCCGCUAAGCUCAUCAAGGAAGCUGGCUUCCCUGCUGGUGUGGUUAACAUCAUCUCUGGUUUCGGCCGUGUUGCCGGUGCUGCUAUCUCCAGCCACAUGGAUAUUGAUAAGGUUGCCUUCACCGGUUCGACCCUGGUUGGUCGUAUGAUUCUCCAGGCCGCCGCCAAGAGCAACCUGAAGAAGGUCACUCUGGAGUUGGGUGGCAAGUCCCCUAACAUUGUCUUCGACGACGCCGACAUCGACAACGCCAUCUCUUGGUCCAACUUCGGUAUCUUCUUCAACCACGGCCAGUGCUGCUGCGCCGGUUCUCGUAUCCUGGUCCAGGAGGGCAUCCACGACAAGUUCGUUGCCCGCUUCAAGGAGCGCGCCGCUGCCAACAAGCUCGGCAACCCCUUCACGGCCGACACCUUCCAGGGCCCCCAGGUCUCGCAGCUGCAGUUCGACCGCAUCAUGGAGUACAUCGACCACGGCAAGAAGGAGGGUGCUACCGUCGCCACCGGUGGUGAGCGUCACGGAACCGAGGGUUACUUCAUCCAGCCUACCGUCUUCACCGAUGUCCACAGCGACAUGAAGAUUGCCAAGGAGGAGAUCUUCGGCCCCGUCGUCACCGUCCAGAAGUUCAAGGAUGAGGAGGAGGCCAUCAAGAUCGGUAACAGCACCUCGUACGGUCUUGCCGCUGCCGUCCACACCAAGAACGUCAACACUGCCAUCCGCGUGUCUAACGCUCUCCGGGCCGGAACCGUCUGGAUCAACAACUACAACAUGAUCAACUACCAGGCUCCCUUCGGUGGCUUCAAGGAGUCGGGUAUUGGUCGUGAACUGGGCUCCUACGCCCUCGAGAACUACACCCAGGUCAAGACUGUGCACUACCGCCUGGGCGACGCUCUCUUUGCUUAA